GGAGUGGAUACAUAAAAGAAGACUUAGGAUGAUAGUCUACUCAUUCUAACUUCAUCUGUUAAUAAUAUGGCUCAUCUAAUAGAGUUUACUAUAGGCAUCCUUCUUUUGAUUAUUACGGAAAUUGCAGCACAAAGCUGCGGAGUCACUAGAUAUGGAAAUUCUACAGACAGCAUAAGGAUUGUUGGUGGACGGUUGGCUUCUAGAGGAGAGUUUCCAUGGCAAGUUUCUUUAGAGUUGAACCAUCCCCAAAAAGGCAAAAUACCCCAUUUCUGUGGCGGUGUGCUAAUUGACAAAGAUUGGAUUCUCACAGCUGCACAUUGUGUUGUAAACCCGUCUUUUGUGUUACCCCAUCCAUCAUAUUGGCAAGCUCGAUUGGGUGAACUGAAUUUAAAAGAUCCUGAUGGCACAGAAAAGAAAAUAGGUAUUUCUCAAAUUUACCAUUAUCCAUGGUAUCAUGGCUAUGAUUCAGAUAUUGCCCUCAUGAAAUUAUCUGAAUCAGUUACGAAUAAUGAAAACAUUAAACCAAUUUGUUUGCCCAAAGAGACUGAUACGUUUCAAGGAAUGUUCUGCACUGCAUCAGGAUGGGGCAAAGUUCAAAUGAGUUCUAAGGCAUCGGAAGAUCUCCGAGCAGUAGCCAUUGAAGUAUUCGACAACACUAAGUGUCAAGCAUACACAACGAAAUUUCGAAUACCAUUGCAAAUUUGGCAUCUCUGUGCAGGAACAUUACAUGGUGGAAAGGGCACAUGUCAAGGAGAUUCAGGUGGUCCAUUAGCUUGCAAAACAGCAGAUAGAGGAUGGGUUUUAGCUGGCCUGACAAGUUUUGGAUCCGGAUGUGCCAAAUCCGGCUUUCCGGAUGUUUAUACUCGAGUUAGUUAUUUUUUGCCAUGGAUAAAGCAAAUGAGAGGUUAUUAAUUGUCUAACAAAAAUAACCGGGAAACUUAAAUUAUUUUAUUGUACCGAGCUUUUUGUUGUAGGAACAUCAUUCUUCAUUAUAUUUGAUGAACAAAUUUCGUAUACAUUACGUAUUACGUGAUAUAUAUGCACUAUUUUCGGAAAUAUAUCAGAAUUCAUUUCUAUUUAAAACAUAUGGUUCCUCUAAUGUGGUCAAUUUAAAUGUUUCUGCAUGUUGCUUAAACCAUGAAAAUAAAAAAGAAUUUUUUAGUU